AUGUCUAACGAAAAAGUUGAAUACGAUGGUGUGGACAGUCCGGAAGUCGUUACUCCCCCUCAUGCUUCGUCAGUUGCAGAAUCUGGGAUCGAUCCAAUUUACGAGAGGAAAAUCAUCCGCAAAGUUGACAUUCGCCUCAUUCCGAUGCUUGCAGCCAUCUAUUCUGUUGCCAUGGUUGACCGUACAAACAUGUCUAAUGCCGCGAUAGCUGGUAUGAUGAAAGACCUGAAACUUUAUAUCGGAGAUCGGUAUUCCAUCGCUCUGCUGGUGUUUUUCAUCCCGUAUUUCCUUUUCGAACUUCCUAGCAACAUUGUUCUCAGGAGGGUUGGCUCUGCAGUUUGGUUAGGCUCGAUUGCGCUUGCCUGGGGGUCGGUGACUAUUGGGAUGGGGUUCAUUGAAGAUUGGAGGAUAUUAGUCUUCUCUCGUGUUCUGUUGGGGUUCUUUGAGGCAGGAUUCUUUCCUGGAUGUAUCUACUUGAUCUCCUCCUGGUAUACCAGAUAUGAAGUGCAAAAACGGCUUGCCGGAUUCUACCUUCUCUCUACCUUUAUUGGAGGACUCUCGCCAAUUCUCGCUUAUGGACUUAUGCAGAUGAACGGGGUCCAAGGACUUUCCGGGUGGCGGUGGAUCCUUAUAAUCGCAAGUGUUACUACUGUUGCCGUUGCCCUACUGGCAUACCUAGUCCUUAUCGACUUCCCGGACAAGCUCCUCCAACGCCGCAGGCCAUUCCUGACCGACUUUGACGUCGAAAUUAUCAAAUCUCGUAUCGACAGGGACCGUGACGAUUCCCAGGCAGACCCCUUAACCUGGGGCGUAAUAGGUGUCCAUCUCAUGGAUUGGAAACUCUGGGCGUACGCCUUACUGUUUAUGAACGCCGCAGUCCCAGGGUAUGCACUAGCUUACUUCCUACCCAUCAUCCUCAAGGGGAUGGGAUACUCAAAGGGCAUGUCCCAGAUCCUGUCCUCUCUCCCGUACAUUCCAGCGAUAGUGGUCGCCUUCCUCCUCGCCUGGUGCGCUGAUAGGACUCGUCUCCGAGCCCCGUUUAUCGUAUUUGGCUGUCUUCUCGUUAUCGCUGGGAUGAGCGUCACAGCGUACGCUACCAGCAAUUCCGCCCGCUACUUCGGUGUCUUCCUCGGCUUGGCUGGUGCGCAGAACAACAUCCCGGCAGUGCUCGCCUACCAAUCCAACAACAUCCGCAUGAACUCUAAGCGCAGUGUCGGCUCGGCAUUACAAGUUGGCUUUGGCGCCAUCGGAGGAGUCUUUGCCAGCACGGUGUAUAGGCAGGAGGAUAGCCCGAAAUACCGUAAUGGACUCUGGGCCACUAUAGGGUGUCAACUCCUGACGUUGCUGUUAUUAGCUUGCAUGACGGUUUACUUUAAGAAAAAGAACAGACAGCAUAAGGAGGAUACUUUGGACAAGCCCAUUGAGAACCACCCAGCGUUCACCUAUACUAUUUAG